AUGACUUUAUUUGUACCUUUUUUGUUGCUUACAUUACCCAUCAUUUCAAGUGGACUCCAGUUGUAUCAUGAAAAGUCACAAUUUACUUCUCAAUCUUAUGACAAUCAAUUGACUGAUCAGGUCUGUGGUCGCGAUACUACACCAGGACAAGUGCCAUUCUACGCUUCAAUAGAAGUAAAUAGUCGAAAAUUUCAUUGCAAAAAGUGUAGUGGUGUUUUAAUUGCGAGGAGAUGGGUUUUGACUGCGGCUCAUUGUACAUUCAGUGUUUUUGGACCCAUACAUGUUGUUUUAGGUGACGAAUGGAACAACAAAACAAUUGGAGUUGAAAAAAGUUACAUCCAUCCGGAUUUUAAUCGUCUAACACAAGUAAACAAUAUCGCUCUUUUAUUAUUGAAAGAACCAGUUCAGUUCAGUAGGAAUAUCCAACCAAUUUGUUUACCAGAACCCGGAGAAGAUGAAACUUUUUAUGGUCGCAAUGGAACACUGGCUGUAUGGGAAAAAAUAAAUCAAACAGAGAGAAAAUUGCCGACAAAUAUGCAAAUAACCAGUUCGCCGAUCAUGAAAUCUGCUGAUUGUUGGGAAAUAUACGAAAAUGCUGGUAACAAGAAAUCACCUUACCCUGAGUUGGCUCUGUGUGCUCGUUACCCGGUAGAUGUAAAGCCUGUAUGUUUUCCUGGGUAUGGCAAUCCGUUGAUGGUCAACGUUGAGAAUCAUUGGAUACUUGCUGGAAUUUCAACUAAUAAAAUAGGCUGUAAGAAGCCAUUUUCACCCCACAUUUACCUUAGUGUAGGAUUUUACUUGAACUGGAUUAAAAGAACAGUUUACUAGUUAUUAUUGUUUGUAUCUUUAA